GCGGGCGGGCCAGCCGCCCCGCCGGGCAGGUGGGAGCCCCGCGGGCGGGAGGCGGCGGCGGAGGCGUGCUCCUGCCUGCCGGGGCGUGCGUGUGUCUGUGCGUGUCUGCGCGCCUGUAACCUCUGUACCACUCGGGUCACACAGCUGCGUGUGGAUCCAGCUACUCCCGCGCCGGCAGGAUCGCAUUUCCUAGCGUGGCCGGUUCCCGCUGAAGUCCCGGGAAGACCCUGACACAAGCCAUGUCCCUAACAAAACGUUGGUGAAAGAGUAGAAGAUUUCUGGGAUAUAGCAGCUCCGGCACCGCGAAGCCGCUUCGGCAGGUCAGGGACAGCGUUUGCUGAAGGAUGCGGUAGCCCAGGAGUCGGGGCUCGCCGGGACGAGGUCGAUGGCUUGCAUGGAGCUUCUCUACCUGGCCGAGGAGAGCAGGCAGGCACCCCUGGGCGCUGCUGUUGGCUGGAGCCUGCCCUCCCCGCCCUGUGAGCAGCAGCAGUGUGAGGGGGGUGAGAUGGACCCUAGAGCAGCCGCUGCCGUGGCAGCCCUGCACUGCAAAAGGCAUUGCAAGCCCUUGCAGAGGGGGCCUGUGGCUGAGCCCCCCCUGGCACCCCAGCCUUUCCCCCAGGAGGACCCUGCACCCCCCAGCACCUGCCAGCCCUGCCAGCCGCCCGAGCGCUUGCCCGGGGAAGAUGAUAGAGGGAAGAAGAAAGCCUGCUGCUGUGCCCAGGAACUUGAGACAUCAUUCACCUAUGUGGAUGAAAAUGUAAACCUGGAGCAUGCAAGAAAUCCCCCCAGUCCUACAAGCAGCCACUGCCAGGAUGCCCAUCUGCAGCAGCAUUCCUUCAGGGAGCUGGCACCUGGGUGGGUGCACGAUUCUCCUUCGCUGGUCUCUGAGGAGGACGACACAGCCUCGGAGGCGGUGGCAGGGAAAUCCGUGGACUAUGGGUUCAUUAGCGCUAUUUUGUUCUUGGUUAGUGGCAUUUUGCUGGUGAUCAUUUCCUAUGUGGUACCCAGAGACGUGACUGUGGAUCCCAACACUGUGGCUGCCCGGGAGAUGGAGAGGCUGGAGAACGAGAGCGCUAGGAUCGGUGCUCACUUGGACCGCUGUGUUAUUGCCGGGCUGUGUCUCUUAACCCUGGGGGGCGUGGUGCUCUCCAGCCUGCUGAUGAUGUCCAUGUGGAAAGGGGAGCUGUACCGGAGGAGCAGGUUUGCGUCCUCCAAGGAGUCUGCAAAGCUGUAUGGGUCUUUCAAUUUCAGAAUGAAGUCUGGUGCAAAUGAUAAUAUGCUCGAGCUAUCAUUAGUUGAGGAAGAUGUGCUUGCCAUAGAUAAUUAGUGUUGUCAUGAUUUUUAAGGCAGCAUUUCCACAGGAAAAUAUGUUUCAUUAAAGAAAACAGAUGCAGCUAAAGAUAGCUGGUGAUGCAGUUUAUUUGUCUGACAAGAAUGUUUUUUUUCUUAAGCUUUAUAAUCGAAUGUUUGCAGUAUAUGAGCACUUGUUGUAAAGGGAAAAUGUGCCAGAGAAAAUGCAACUGAUACAAAAUAAUGAAAACUACUGAAUAAAAAGAGAUUUGUGAUAAGUAGGUUCCUCAGAUACUCAUUUAUCCUAAUAUAAUACAUUCCAGUUGUCUUCUUGCCUAUAUAAUUUUCUUAUUACUCCCAUAUAGAACAGGAGCGACCUUGACACUUCGGAAGCUGUUAAUUAUUGCAGCCUGCAGGAUUAUUAACAGUCUGCUUGGUAGACUGUUAAGAAGCAGGACCAAUAAUCAAAUAGUAGUGUUAAUAUUUAAUUGAGAUGCUUUUUUAUCCUUUAAUUUUAAGCUGAUUUUUCCUCUGCUAUCGAGUGAGACCUAAGGGAAAAAAGAACAGCACUUGGUUGUGACUUGCCACAAACCUACCAUAUUUUCAAACAAUUGUACAAUUAGUGAUGAUUAUUUAAAAUAUAAAAUAAGAGGCAAAGGGCAGGGAACCAUAUGGCUUAUGGUAUUGGUAGAAGACAAAAGGCUCUUUCAGCUUGAGGUCAGUGGCUCCAUUUCAGUUCAGAUUAGCAAUGAUUGAUAGUCAUUAACUUCUGAUAGCUAUAGUGACCCAUAUAAAAGAAGUUUAGUUCCUGGGGGACAGAUGUCUUUGUAUGAAAACCGCCAUAACUUGAAUUAACUGACCUCUUGUUUGGAGUGUCAAAAGACCCAAAGAGUGAAAAAGCAUGGGGAUGCUGAGCCUGAAUACUUUUCCUUCAGUACGGAUGCCAGAAGAAAUUCAAGCUGAGCUGCAGGACUGUGCUUAUACAGGGGCUGUCUGCAUCUUACUAGUCCUUUUGAAACUUCAGUUUUAUGUCACUAGGCUGUCAGCCUUCUCAUAACCAGCAAGGAAAGGUCAGGAAGGAGCUUUCUGGGGCUCGUUCAAUAGAAACCAAUUUAUCUGAAAAAAAUAAAUUGACAGGAAAUGCAAAGGUUAAAUAUCAGGCAGUUUACUGGCUGACAUGAGACUCACUGAACAUAGGGAAUGAUCAAGGAUACAUGCUAUUACUCACAGUUCUGUGGCACAGUAGCCAAAAACCUGUACCACUAAUGCUAUUUAUUAUCAGCCAUUUUCUAUGGAACAUUAAAGUUGUGUUCUGGCAGUGCUGAGAAAACCAAUAAAGACUGUUGUAUGCACCACUGUCAGUGCUUACUGAACAGUGGUUAAUAUAUAUAUAUAUAUUUAUAUAUGUGUCCUGUUAACAUAUAUAUGUAUGUUAAUACAUACACACACACACACACACACACGCAUGUCCCUGCCAAAGCUAAAUGUGAGUGAAAGAGCUCUGUCUGUGCAGUCCCUGACUUCUGAGUCUUAGUAGAAACAUGUGACGCUAUCACAGCCUUGUCAGUUGCAAGUUAAAUCUCAAUCAGGAAUAUAAAAUAUUUUUUAAAUGAUACUUUUUUUUCCACUGUGACAUAUCUGAGAAGAGUUCACUUGGGGAAGGUAGAGGACAUCUCCUUUGUAUGUCCCCUUUACCCAGGAAUAUGUGGCAGCAGAAGGUUCAGAAUAACAAAUGGCAGGUGGAAACAUAGGGUCCUCACAUGGAGAGACUGAACACUAUUUUGCAAUCUGGUUCCUCAUUCCCUCUUCUCUGACUGUUCAUGUCAGGAGACUAAUGCAGCACCUCAGUCUAGCGCUCGCCUAGUUCAGUCCCUCCUGCUCGCCAGCCAUGGGUGCUGGUACAGAUGCCUUCGACCGAGGGCCCGAGAAGCUGCACUGCUCCAGGUUCAUGCCUUUGGUCACUAUAAAUAGCAUAGCGUGGUAGCCAGGCUUUAACAUUGGCCCUGCAAAAGAGAUGCUGCUUCAGAUGUUGUCUGCUCUAACCGCCAGUUUAGUUCCGUGUUAUUUGGUAAUUAGCCUUAUUAGGUGGUGCUGCUGCCUAGUAGCUGAUUUUGCCAGCUUAUGUCAUGAUGCUGAGAGUGUUUGCAGGCAGGAACUCAACAGCAGCCAGCAUCUCCACAGUGAUCUUCGGAGAGCUUACAUCCCUCUGGGUGUGUCAUCAGGGAUUCAGGAUUGAAUUUCUAGGGUAAAUAAAUGGAAAAGCUUCCAGAUGUAAGGAGAAGACUUCAGCCUAUUGUGAUCGGUGAGAGUGAGGAAGGAAAUAGCCUGAGAAGCAGGACACAGAGGAAGAAGACCCCUUCUUAGCUGGCCUUUGCCUGCUAGUGGGUACGUGGGCACUGCCUGUAGGACCUGACACAUGGCUUGAGGUGGGGCAGUGGGGACAGUGCUGCCUCCCAUCCUACCCCAAGGAUGAGGGGUCCAGGGAAAGCCAUGCCAGGUGAGAGGGCAAACGCUGCUGAGCUGAGUACAGCAUGACUGUGUGGGACAGGGAGCAGAUGUUGCAGGGGAUAAAAGCCCUUUCACCAGCCUGGCCCCUGAUGGGAGUCGCUAUACUCACCUAUGCGGUAGAAGCUCUAAUACUGAGUCUGGUGGUUUUGAGAGCUAUUAUUUUUAUUUUUUAAUGAUACAUAUGCAUAAAAUCAAAGUACAUUCCAUUAUUGCAGAAAGAUGACAGCUAAAGCUGUAAGGAUCACAGAUUCCUUGUAGGAACCAUGGCAUGCCUUAAUGCUGAUUAUUAGCACUAGAAAAGGGAACGCUCCCCUGACUGUCAGUAUGUUAUUAUCAACUGAGAAGUUUUCUGACACUUUGUAAAAUGCCUGUCACAGAUCAUGAGCCUGCAAUACUUAAAUGAACCUCAAAUUUUCCUUUUCCAAAAAAAGGAAACAUAAGUCAACCUAAUAACCUAAGUGUGCACUGCAGAAGUGCGAGGAGUAAGAAAAUUUAAGUAAUAGGACUAACACGGUUUCUUUAUUUUGGUGUUAGUGUGCACUAUGAAAGAGGCGAAGGCAGGCAUUUGGAGUGCAGGAGUUUAGCAGGUAAAAACUCUCAGGAUGUUUCUCUGAUCACCCAACAAGAUACCUUUACACAUUACAGGACUGGGCGGGUUGGUGGUGCGAUAUAAAACCUCUGGACUCUCAGGUUCUCGUGCUGUGUGGUGCAACAGAGACCAAAACACUCACUUUCCGGUGGCCAGUGGUGGAAAAUGAAUGUAUUAGCUCACUGUCUGGUGAAUGAGCCUUCGCAUCGUUCACCUCGCACAAGGUGGUACCAAAGGCUGAGGCCAAGGGAAAUUAAUUGCUCUGUCGUGCACCCUCGCAAUUUGAUUUCCCCUGCUCAAAAUUUAAAUGCUUUAAGGGUACAAAUGUAAGAAAAAUUGUUGGUUCUUUUUGUUUGUUCGUUACGCCUGGGCUAAGGUUGUUGUGUGGAUCACUGGAGAGCUUUCUUCUUUGGGGAUCUAAAUUUAGAGGUGUCCCAGUGUUUUAGGUGCUCCCUGAAGUACCCCAGAAAUGUAUCAGGAUUUGUGCCGUUAGUCAGUUUAUAUCUGACCCACCCUGAACAGCAAAACCGGACAUUUUUCCAUUUUCUACCUCAUGACACGCCUGCGGGCCGAGCCCUGGCCUGGCCUCAGCCUCCCCGCUGGGGGAGCACGGGAGGCCUGCAGCUGGGCCCGGUGCCGGCGGCCUGCGGCUGGCUCCCCGCUGUUCACACAGCUCUCUGGUGGCCCCUUCGCCCAGUUCCUUUUCCUCGAUCAGAUGCUUGUGGCCGAGGCUGGCCGGUUGGGAUGUACCUGGCACCUGCUGGGAACUCUCACCACACAGGAGGCCCGGCGCCCAGCGUGGCUGCCAGGCCUCGCGUUCUCACUGCCAGCCUGAAGCCAGCCCCACAGCAGAACUGUCUGAGACUCUUAGGAGGCUACGCUGGGUUGUUGCUGUUUCUUUAUAUGUUUACAGGUUUUUAAUCUUUGUAAUUCUUUUACAAAUCUGUCUGUGAUGAAUAUAAAGUUUACCAACUGGGAAAGCAAUGGGUUUAAUCUUGUAAAACUCCCUUUUUGACCCGCAACAGGGUGAAACGUCACAGUCCCUCAUGAGCUUUUCAAUAGUGCAUUUGAUGCCUUAUUAUAAUAGCAGCAGCAUUCUGUACAGACUGAAAAAUAAAAAAUAAAACCCUAUAAAGCUGA